AUGAAGUCCACCGCUCUCGCGCUCGCAGCGCAGCUGCAUCUUCCAAAGGAGGACCGGCUCUCUCAGGGCCACCACCGUGACAGCGCAAAGCUGUAUAGCCGCAACGACACCUUCACAAGCCUCUUCGUGCAACGCCACAUAGGCUCUCAGGUGGCCCAGGGCUGGCGACCACAACGCUCUAUGGCCCGCCAGUCCCAGAACCCCCCUCGCAGUCUCCUCGCAAGCCCUUGGCGCAUCUUUACCUCCAGACAUGAAGCAUUGCGUGCAGGCCUCUCCCAGUCGCAGCCCGAGUCAGAGCCAGUGCAGUCGGAGUCACCUCUGGUGGUCACGGGGUCAGACUCGGAGCCAGAAGAGGUAGAACGCUUCGCCCAAACAGCCCCAGACACGGACAGCGAUGCAGAGGAGCAAGAUCAAGCAUCGCAAGAGGACACGCGUCUGCGUAUGUCUGCAGUGGUCCCUGGGGAAGCAUGCAUGUCCCCACGCCUGACUCCCUGCAAGCAUACCUCCUUGCGCUUCCAAAUUUGGGUUCGCUCGCAGUGUGCAAGCUCAAGGCUAGUUGUGGAGCACGACUCGGUGCUGCUGCCUUCGUGGCUGUUUGCAAAGAACCAGUUUCACUUUGUAGACGCAAAGCGUGCAUCCUUGCUCGCAACCAAGGCACAUAAAAACUCCGUGAUUUCUCUCCGAGCUCUUCCUCGAGUGCCCACUGUUGCAUCUGCGCUGCAGCCUACGUUGUGCGCACUGUCUCUUCUGAGCUCGGCUCUUAAAGACACAGGCUUGUCCAGCAUCUCCGACUUCGCAUACGCCUACCUUGACCAGACAGACCUGUCGGAUUUCAUAAGCAAGCAAAGCCCCAGCCUUUGGGAGCAACUGCAGGUUUCAGACCCCGAGCACUGCCCGGCCGUGGCACGUCUUCGCAGGGCCCUCGACAUGAGUCAAAGCAUUACCCGCGCGCAGGAUGCGUGCCCGCCUAGCACAGCACCUGCACCCAGCAACAGCACUGCCAUCGCAACAAACGUUUGGGCAGAGCACGCCCCGCCUCGGCUUGACACUGAGGCAGUGCAACGCCUGCAGGCAAGCUUUAAGGCAAACUAUCCGGGGGAACACCUGGAUAGUGACAGCACGCCAAGCAUCCGCUUGCUCAGUUUGGAGGCGAGCGAGAGGCGUCCUUUGGAGUCUGCUGGCAUCUCGCGUCCUCUGCCUGCCGACGUUCCUCCAGCAAGCCAGCCG